AUUCAAACGAGCCUCACCGAAGCAAGGCGACUGCCCCCCGGCGCGUCAGCCUAUCACGUCCGCCUCAAAGGCGCCGCAUCAGCCGGCGACCUGACCGAUUGAUUUCUCCCAACGGGCAAACCAAACUCGUUUCUCACCCGAACCAACACACACACCCCAGGCGUACAUGCACAUUCCCAUGUCUUCGAACCCUCGAAAGCGACCAGCGCCAGGAACGAUACCCACCAUGCCGAUGCCACAGGUCCAGCAGUCAUUUCCCAGCCCGACCGGCGACCAGUUCUUGCGAUGGGGAGGAGCGGCGGAUGCUGCUGCGGGCCUUGUGGACGGAACAGGCGCCCAGGCUGUCAACUCGUACGGCCUCGUCCCCGGUCAGCAGCAGCAGCAACAAGCGCAGCAGCAAUUCGUGCAGCCCACACCGAGUCCCAAUAAUGCCAUCGCGCGGAGGCAGAUGAAUAGAGCACUCGUCCCCACGGGCGCGAGGCAGAACUUUGACUCGCCCAGCGACCCUUGGUCCUUUGUCGGCGAAGACUCUGCGCUCCUGCAGCAACAACAAGCAAACGGAACAAUGGCCGAGACGGAUAACGUAGAGGUGCUGGAGGAGAUGGCUCGCAAGGCCAUGAGGGAGGCGCAGCAGAAGCGGAAGCAGAUUCCGCCGUUUGUGCAGAAGUUGAGCAGUUUUCUCGACGACGAUAAGAAUUCUGAGCUCAUUCGGUGGUCGGAAAAGGGCGACUCGUUUAUCGUUCUCGACGAGGAUGAAUUCGCGAAGAAGCUGAUUCCCGACCUGUUCAAGCACAACAACUAUGCUUCCUUUGUACGACAGCUCAAUAUGUAUGGCUUCCACAAACGGGUCGGAUUGUCGGACAACUCGAUGCGCGCAAGCGAGCGGAAGAACAAGAGCCCAAGCGAGUACUCGAAUCCCUUCUUCCGACGGGGGCACCCGAACCUGCUUUGGCUCAUUAACAAACCAAAGAGCGGUAACAAGGGCAAGAAGGGCGCCAAGAAUGCAGAAGUCGAGGGUGACAGCGAGGAGGAUGCCGUCAAUAUUGACGAUGGCGUGACACAAGGCUUUAGCACCGCCAGUGCACCCGCCAGCAAAGCCCUGCCACCUUCGGGUGACAUGCCGAUACAGAAGAAGGAGAUGACGCUGAUUCGGGAAGAGUUGGCCAAGGUGCGCGAGCAGCAGAGGAUGAUCAUGACGGCGAUUCAGCGGAUCCAGGGGGACAAUACGGCGUUGUAUCAGCAGGCUGUCGUCUUCCAGAGCCAACACGACCGCCACCAGAACUCGAUCAACGCCAUCCUGAACUUUUUGGCCAACGUGUUUAGGAAGACGCUCGAGGACCAGGCGGGUCCGCAGAGUGUAAACGACCUUCUCGCGAGCAUCAUUCCGAACGGCAACAGCUCCAGCUCGGUACCUCAGGGAAGCGUCGUGGAUCUGGGCGACUACGUGCAAGCACAAACCUCGGCAGGAAACAACAUCAACAUACCUAAGCGCCGGCAAGCGUUGCUGCCGCCCAUCCCCAACGGUCGCGCGAAUACGGUAUCGCCGUCACCAGCUAGCGGCUCCGCGACGCCUCAGCCGUACAACCGCGAGAUGGGUACCGUCACAGAGCUCUUUGACACAUCGCCCGGCGACCACACAUCACCUACCAACUAUCUAGCGCAAGAGCUCGAGUCGAAUCCCCAUGAGAGCAUGAUGAAGAUCAUUCACGAUACAAAUGCCAACAACUCAUCCGGCAUCGAUCUCCCCCACGUCGUCAACAAUACUCCCGCCACAAUGAGCAACGACCAACGGAACAAGAUGCUGAAUGCCAUGGCCGGUCGGUCCUCCGCAACACCCUCAACCAACGCACCACAGUCCUCCAAGCCUUCCAUGUCCGCCUCACCCAACCCGCCGCCCCCAUCCGUCACCGCUACCCCCGACACGCCACCCCCCAUGCCCGCCGCCCCCGGUCUCUCCCUCUCCCCCAUCAUGGGCUCCGCCGCGCCGCCGCCCUCACUACAGCAGAUCAAUUUCAACCAAGAAGAUCUCGCCGCACUACACCGGAUGCAGGAAGAACAAGCCGCGAAGCUGGACCACCUCUCCAGCAUGCUCGGCCCACUCAGCCCGUCAGGUCGCAUACCGGGUAUCGACGAGAACGGCAACGUGAACGGCUACUUUGACGGCGACCUCGACAUUGACCAGUUCCUGAACCCGGACGCGUUCCAGGGUGACAGCGCGUACCCUGGCGUCAACUUCAACGGCGAUGGAAACGACUUCAACUUUACGCUCGACGGCUCAGCUGCCAACAAUGGCGGUGCUGGCAAUGUCAAUGGCACACCGAGCUCCACCGGGACUGAAGAGGUUCCGCGGGAUAGCUUCGAUGGGAUCACUGGUAGCCCGGACCGCGGUAACAAGCGUAGACGUGUUGGUUGAUGGAUGAUUUUUUCAUGACUAGAAGGGGGUGGGGUUGUUCCACCACUCUCCCCUCUCACGACUUUCUUUUUAACUGCACCAUAGGUGGUGUAACGGUCUUGGUCAUCAAUUACUUGAGGAUGAGGGAACUAGAGGAGACUUCCUCCUUACUGCACUCUGUCUUUCUGGGAGGCGGCGGGUUUCUUCCAACUACUUUUGUGCGUGGAACAAAGAAAGAGCAUGAUAUCCAAAAAAUUGCUUACUGUUUUCUCGCUCUCUCUCUCUCUUUCUCUCUCUCUUUCUCUCUUUUCCCCUUUUUUGUGAAGUGGGUUGGGAAAUUAGGGACUGGAUUGAUGGACGGGACGGUUGUGUCUUUUUUGCUUCGAGGGCAAAAUCUGGAGGUUUUCAACUCUCGGCGACCGGGUUUAUGGUUUGAGG